CGUCGUGCGCCUCGCCAGGGAAACUAAUGUUGGGCUGUUUUGGUCGGGGACGAUGGUUAGCUGUUUGUUGUGUGGUGAUACCGCUGUGAAAGGGCGAAGGCAUUAUUGAAGGGCAGACAGAGUUGUCAGUGGAACUGGCAUCUCAGACAAGCCGUUCAGCUGAAAGGCAGCAGGCUGUGCAUCUCUGAAAAGUCAAACAGGACAGGAUGUGUGUUUCUAUCUGCUUUUCCCUGGAAGCAGCGUCAUAGCGUUUACCGUUUUCCACUGACUGCAGCCAAGUGAUGUCCGUAAACCGUCGGCCUUCACAUUUCGUGAUAAUUUCCCAGCAGAGGCUAAUAUGAAGACAUCAUUUGGCAAACCAGACCCUGGAAAGCACCUACAAUCUUCUCAACUCAUUUGAAACUGAAGAGAGCACCAUGCAUUUUCCCCAGUAAAACCUGCUCCCCACUCUCCCCUCUUCCUACCUAACCACUGAGAGUGAGGACAUCACGAGCUGCAUAGAGAUGGCUUCAGAUCAACCCUGCAUGGAUACACUAGAGCGACGACCCAUAUUGGGUCCUGCCUGCAAGCGGCGGGGACACCGGUGUCUGCGUAAAAAGCUGAGGCCAGUGCGAAUCUUAGGGUUCGUCUUCAGCAUGGUGGCCGUUAGUGCCGUCUCCUUCAGUGCCUUGACCUGGAGCUCAGAUGGUCUCAGUGAGCCAGUGCUCCCCCAGAAGAGUCUCCACCAGUCAUCCCCCCACAGGACUCUACUUUUCACCCAAAACCAGAGGGACCCCAAUGUCUCAGCAGACAUGCCAAUAGCCAUGAAAUCUACAGCAGAUAGCAACGAGAGCCAGGGGGAGUACCCGCCAGAUAUUUUCACCCUUGAGGAGAGGCGCCAAGGAGCAGUGGCCCUUCACAUGUUUGGCAUGAUCUACAUGUUCAUCGCCUUAGCCAUAGUGUGUGACGAGUUUUUCGUCCCAGCGCUCACGGUCAUCACGGAGAAGCUGACCAUUUCGGAUGACGUCGCAGGUGCCACCUUCAUGGCGGCAGGCGGCUCAGCUCCAGAGCUCUUCACCUCCAUCAUCGGUGUCUUCAUCUCACACAGCAACGUGGGCAUCGGGACCAUCGUGGGCUCAGCCGUCUUCAAUAUUCUCUUCGUCAUCGGGAUGUGCGCCAUCUUCUCCAAGGAGAUCCUCAACUUAACAUGGUGGCCACUCUUCCGCGACGUCUCCUUCUACAUCCUGGAUCUGAUCCUGCUCAUCAUCUUCUUCCUGGAUAACUUCAUCUCCAUGUGGGAAAGUAUCACACUGCUCUCAGGCUACGCCGCCUACGUGAUCUUUAUGAAGUUCAACAGCAAAGUUGAGGGCUUCGUCAAAAGUUGCAUGACCAAGAAUCAAGUGGUAGAGGUCGCAGUGCAGCCCAAGGAUGAGAAGGCAAGUCCAGGGGCGCCAGAGGAUGACGGCAAGUUGUCGGCAAGGCCUCGGCUGCAGAGGGGGGGCAGUUCCGCUUCCUUGCACAACAGCUUGAUGAGGAACAGCAUUUUCCAGCUGAUGAUUCACACAUUAGACCCUUUAAGUGAAGAAUUUGCUGACUCUGAGCUUGGGACUUAUGGGAAACUAAAAUAUUAUCACUCAAUGACUGAGGAAGGUAAAUUUCGAGAGAAGGCAUCCAUCCUUCACAAGAUCGCUAAAAAGAAAUGCCAAGUGGAGGAUAGCGAGAAGGCCAAUGGAGUAGCAAGCCGUUCAGACAAGAACCUUCCUAACAGCUCCAGUGUGGAAGUGGAAGUUACACCACCCAUGAAUGGAACGGCGGGGCAAGAGGGGGAGACGGCCGAGGAUGAGGAGGAAGAGGACCAGCCUCUGAGCCUGUCCUGGCCCGAAUCCAACCGCAAGCGCUUCACCUACCUCUUCAUCAUGCCUAUCGUCCUCCCCCUGUGGCUAACGCUGCCUGACGUCAGGAAACAGUCGUCAAAGAAGUUCUUCCCCGUCACCUUCUUGGGAGCCAUCUGCUGGAUUGCAGCCUUCUCAUACCUGAUGGUGUGGUGGGCUCACCAGGUUGGAGAGACCAUCGGGAUUACAGAGGAGAUUAUGGGCCUGACUAUAUUAGCAGCUGGAACCUCCAUCCCUGACCUCAUCACCAGUGUUAUUGUGGCACGCAAGGGGCUGGGUGAUAUGGCUGUAUCCAGCUCCGUUGGCUCCAACAUCUUCGACAUUACUGUUGGACUGCCAUUCCCCUGGCUCCUCUGGUCCUUCUUCAACGCCAUGAGUCCGGUGCAAGUCAGCUCCAACGGCCUCUUCUGUGCCAUCGUGCUCCUCUUCCUCAUGCUCCUCUUCGUCAUCAUCUCCAUUGCCGCGUGCAAGUGGCGCAUGAGCAAGCUGCUCGGCUUCAUCAUGUUCAUGCUGUAUUUUGUCUUCCUAGUGGUCAGCGUCAUGCUGGAGGACAAGGCCAUUAGCUGUCCGGUGUCCGUCUGAGGACCUUUGAGGACCUACUUCCUCUCCCUCGUCACCACCACCACCACUAUCACCACUACAACCAUCCUUAUUGUCUGCCAUCACUGUCACCUGACCUUUGUGAUCCUUCACCCCAGGAAUAAAAGAAGAACUGGACGAAAGAAUGAUAUAAAAAUAUGAAAAAAAAAAAAAAAGGAAUCUACUGAUGUGUUCAGUGAGCAGGUGGUGGCGGGGAGCAGUUAAACAAACAAGGGCACGAGACUUUGGCUUGGCUGGUUAAGCACAGGCCGAACCUGAGUGGAUUUUUAUUUAUGAUUCUUAUUUAACUGGCAGGUGAGGGGAGUUAUAGGUGUAUCAGCCAAAUAUAGAAACAUUAUGCAUGCCAUUAGUGUCAUUAUGCCAUUAGAUGAGCUGAAAUCAAGACUACGCAUGGUAGGUUGAGGAGAAUGACCUCCUGUGAACUUUUGGGGGAAAAAAAAACUAAAGAUACACUGAAUAAAACUCUUAAUAACAAAUGCAGUGACUGAGCUGAAAAUUGCAAGUAUAUUCGAACUAGUUCAACAGACUAAGAUGCUGUCACCAAGAGCGAAGAGGAAUUUGUGGAUGGGGAAAAGGCAGACCGUGUGGAUGAAGAUUUUGUUCCCAACGUGUUUCUCGUCUGAUGGUAUCUAGCGAAAAGAUUCUCUUGUGGGCUUCGCACCUGAGCAACAAGGGAUUGCUGUUCUUGAAAGACAAUUGCUGGGCAGACAAAAUUCUUCUGUGUUAUUUCCUUUUCUGUAAAUUCAUCUGUGCCCAGUCUGAGUGACGGGUUUAAGCUUCCCCUCUCCCCUGCCAGUUUUUUUCACCACUGAAUGUUACUUCAGAGGAUUCUUCUUUUUUAAAAUUUUUGGAUUCAUUUUCAUGAAAUCUAUAGAAGUAGCAUUAGAUGUACUGUAGCAGUAUUAGUUGGUGUAGAGUCCUCUUGACAAUCUGCUCCUCUUUUCUUUUUCUUUUUUUUUUUUCUUUUGCCACUGAACACACGUUCUAAUUGUACAGACGUUCUCAUGCUUCACACGCACCGACUGAUAAAGGCAAGAAAAAAAAAGCCUAACUGAAGUUUAGCCUCUCAAAAUAUAUGCUAGCCUUCAAUAUCUUUCACUGGUUGGGGAAAAAAAGCAUGAGUAAUUUAGGCUCAUUAAAGUUCCAUAAUGAAGUCAAUGUCAAAAUAAUACAUUUGAAAAAACUUAACAGUGUUUAAGCGUCAUGGUUGAUUUAGAUUAGUCAAUGUGUAGUGCUUUGUUCACAGUAGAACUGGGCUCAACUCACCGGCUAGUCAAGCUCCUGGGGUAGUAGUUUCAAGGAGUCAACUGCAUGUUAAAAAAAAAAAUACACUUGCAGGUGAAUAAUACCAAUCAACAUUUAAGAAGUUGUAUACCAAAAUGUUUUCAAACAUGUUUCAUAACUUCUUAAUGCAAACCCGUGUUCAGUCUCUAUGUAGAAAAUGUCAACAUGUAUGGUCAAUGAUAUCUAUCAAACUUGUGCAAUUUCUUUUCGAAUCAAAGGUGCUUUUGUGUGCAUGUGUGCAAACUGCAUUUGAAGUUAUCACACAAUGACCAUUCCUUAAAUUUAUCUAUGAAUACAGGUAAUACUACCAGUAUUUUGCAACUAACUGCAAAAGAAAAAUAUACACCAAUGUGUGUUUUAUACUGGAAAUAGAAAGCAUAAUCACAAUCUCUCUUUAAGCUACAUAGAAUGUGGAAACCACAGAUUUAACAGCAAUAUACCGUGUGUGUCACCGUUGAAAAUUGCACCCCCCACCCACCCCUUCAUGUGUCUGUCCCCCGCUGUCCUUCCUGUCCGACGUGGUCCAAAACCCCCCACGAGAAAAAAAAAAACGGGGGGACUAUUUCUCCUAAAACUAACCUACAACCCCUUCCUGUUAGAGCUGGCCAGAAACACCCGCUUUACCUCAACACAGCCACUGUACAGCAGCUUAGUAGGAACUAACUGUAAAAUAAUAGUAAAUAGAUUCUCUGAAUGUUUGAGGAAAAAUGCAUGCAAGGAAUUUGGGCUGGUUACCCACUGACUGUACAGCUGAGCUUAUCCAACUAUAUAUGUUCACUUUUAUGCAUCAAUUCAGAGAAUAACACCAAGAACUUUACUUUGUAAAUAUGAAGUCCAGUUUUUUGCAAUAACCAAAUGGUUCACAAAUGUAUUUCAUUCACUUUGAUUUAUAUUUUUGCAAUAGUGGAUGGAAACAGACAUAGAUACUGUCUGCUGGUGGCCCCUUGUAUCAUGAUAUUACUCAGCAAAAUAAGAGCAUUUAUUUUUAGACUACUCAAAAUCUGAUUAGCAUACAUUAAAGUGUAAACAUGCCAGUUCAAUUCAGUUUCUGGGAAGAAAAUAAAGGCUUUAAAUACCAUAUUGCCUCCUCGGAUAUAACAAAUGUAGGACUUGUGUGUGAUUUUUGCCACAGUGGUUUCUGACAUUUGGUUCAGGUUGCAAAUGCACAGGAAAAAGCAAAAUAUGAUACCUGCAUAAAGCAAACUCAUAUGUUAAACUGUUAUGUGUAGCGUGCUCUCAUAUUGUACAUUUUCACCACCAAGAUUCAAAGAUUCAAUUUAAGGCCUCUAUGAUGACUCAUGUACUUUGUGAAAUUCUCCUGUGCACAUUUGCCAUUAAACUCUUCCUUCAGAGUGCCCACACACUGUCCUGAACAUGAUCACAUCUCACCUCUAGUUUCUACUCGCCCCUCUCUUCGAAAGAACAGUUAAACAUUUUAGGAAAUGCACGUGUUCACUUUCUUGCCACAGGGUUGGUGAGAGGAUACCAUCUCUCUUAUGCCUGUGUAGUAAAUAUGAAGCUAAGCUGGUUGGCUUAGCUUUGCUCCAAAAACUGGAAACAGGAGGAAACAACUUGCCGAGCUGUGUCGAAACCAACUAAAUUUAAUCACCAGAACCACUGAAGUUUCCAAAGCAACUUAUGCUUUAAGUGGAAAAGCAACACGUGUGGUUCUAUGAGGGGGUUCAUUGUGAGCCGAGAAAGCCAAACUAGCUGUUUCCUUUCUGCAAAAGCUAAGCCAAUCAUUUGUUAGCAGAAGCUUCUUGUUCACCGUGCAGACAUGACAGUGGUGCAAAUCUUUUCAUCUAACUCUUGGUGGAAAGUAAUUUCCCAAAAUAUCGAACCAUUGUGUAAACAGGUUAAGAGGUAAUUUGCUUGCGUUUGACCUACCACUACGGUCACAUGUGCAUACUGUAUCUAUGCACUUUCAACCCUAAAAACCCUCCUGUCAAGACAUGAACGUAUUUAUUUUUCUUUCCCCACAGCUCCCAUGAUGUUUUUUGUGAGAGCAUGAAUGAGCGUGAGAAUGUAAAAAAAAAAAAACAACAAAGAGAAAGAACGGUUUGGCAUGCAAACUUGGCAUCGAAAGUGGUUUCCAGGGUAAGCCACCGUGAAAGUUGACCACUAAUGAACAUUCUUGCACUGUAAAUGUUUUAUUUCUUGGUGUUAAUGUAAGAUUUAUUUAAGGUGUACAUAUAUACAGAUACAAAUUAACCAUAUUAUCUAUAUGUGUAAAAGAAAUAUGUCUCUUUAUGUAAAAACACAAAGUAUAUAAUAAAACAAAUAAAGAUGAUAAUUCAAAUAUGCAACAA